AUCAACACAACAUAUUCAUUCCCUUCUUUGCAAAUAUCACUAACAUAAUCUCUUCAGAUCCUCAUAUAAUUACAUUGAUUCUAUUCUUUUUUAAUUCUUCCUCUAUAAAUACCCAUCAACCCAAUUUUUUCAUUCUCAUACCUAAUUUUCUUCAAAAAAAAAAAUAUGUCCAAAAUCAAAUUCACCCAAAUGGCUCCAAACUUGAAUGAAUCAUCCACCGAUCACCAAAACGGUUCCCACCACACUUCAUCACCAUUCACUAUAGAUGAGUCAAACCUAUUAGUCAACGGCCACGUCAUCCUCUCCGAUGUCCCAAAAAACAUCACUCUUACUCCCUCCUCCGUUGCCGCCACCACUACCACCACCCAAGGCUGCUUCCUCGGCUUUAGAGCCAACGAGCCGAGAAGCCACCACGUGAAGUCCCUCGGAAAACUAAGAAACACAAAAUUCAUGAGCAUUUUCAGGUUCAAGGUGUGGUGGACAACACUCUGGGUCGGUUCCAACGGCCGAGACCUUGAAACGGAAACCCAGUUUUUAAUGCUGGACGAAUGGAACGACGGCACGUGUCGUCGUCCCUACGUCCUUCUCCUUCCGAUUAUCGAAGGGUCGUUCCGCGCAUCGUUGCAAGCGGGACAAGACGACAACGUGGACGUGUGCGUCGAGAGCGGUUCCUCAAAGGUAACCGGAUCCUCGUACGACAGUGUCGUCUACGUGCACGCGGGGAACGACCCUUUUGAGUUGGUCAAGGAAGCCAUGAAGGUUGUUAGGUCUCACCUUGGAACUUUUAAUCUGUUGGAGGAGAAGACUCCGCCGGGGAUAGUUGACAAGUUCGGGUGGUGCACCUGGGAUGCAUUCUACCUUACGGUGCACCCUCAGGGUGUUUGGGAAGGUGUUAAGGCUCUCGUUGAAGGUGGUUGUCCACCGGGGCUUGUUCUGAUCGACGACGGGUGGCAAUCAAUCACCCACGAUUCAGACCCGAUUACUAAGGAGGGGAUGAACCAGACGGUGGCCGGAGAACAAAUGCCAUGCAGGCUCAUCAAAUAUGAAGAGAACUACAAGUUUAGGGACUAUGUAAGUAGCUCAAGUGACAAGAAAGGUUUAGGUGCCUUUGUGAAGGACCUAAAGAAAGGGUUUGAAACUGUGGAAUAUGUGUAUGUGUGGCAUGCCCUAUGUGGUUAUUGGGGUGGGAUAAGACCUCAGGUUCCGGGGAUGCCGGAAUCCACCGUGGAGCGGCCGAAGCUGUCCCCGGGGCUGGAGACUACUAUGGAGGACUUGGCCGUAGAUAAGAUUGUCAAUAAUGGUGUGGGGUUGGUACCACCACAUUUGGUGGAUGAAAUGUAUGAAGGGAUUCACUCUCAUUUGGAAAAUGCUGGCAUUGAUGGGGUCAAAGUUGAUGUCAUCCAUUUGCUGGAGAUGGUGUGUGAGAAAUAUGGGGGUCGUGUAGAUCUGGCAAAGGCAUAUUAUAAAGCUCUCACUGCUUCAGUCAGAAAACACUUCAAAGGAAAUGGUGUCAUUGCCAGCAUGGAGCAUUGCAAUGAUUUCAUGUUGUUAGGAACUGAAGCCAUUUCCCUUGGUCGCGUUGGUGAUGAUUUCUGGUGCACUGACCCAUAUGGUGAUCCAAAUGGUACAUUUUGGCUACAAGGUUGUCACAUGGUGCAUUGUGCAUACAACAGCAUGUGGAUGGGGAACUUCAUCCACCCAGAUUGGGACAUGUUCCAAUCUACACACCCUUGUGCUGCUUUUCAUGCAGCCUCAAGAGCCAUUUCUGGUGGUCCUAUUUACAUUAGUGACACUGUUGGCAACCACAACUUUGAACUCCUCAGGAAAUUGGUCUUGCCAGAUGGCUCCAUCCUAAGGUGUCAACACUAUGCUCUCCCAACUAGGGACUGUCUCUUUUCUGACCCACUUCAUGAUGGCAAAACUAUGCUCAAAAUAUGGAACCUCAAUAAGUACACUGGAGUUCUUGGAGCAUUUAACUGCCAAGGUGGAGGGUGGUUCCGUGAAACAAGAACAACCAAAUGUGCUUUGGAGUUUUCUCAUUUGGUAUCAACAAAAGCCAACAUCAAAGACAUUGAAUGGAAUAAUGGCAACAACCCAAUCCCCGUUGAAAAUGUUCAAACUUUUGCAAUGUAUUUCAGCCAAGCCAAGAAGUUAGUCCUCUCAUCACCAAAUGAGUACCAUGAAAUCUCAUUGGAGCCAUUCAACUUUGAGCUUGUAACUGUGUCACCAGUUAGAUCCUUGAACUGCGGUGGCAGCAACAAGGUUGUGAAUUUUGCUCCUAUUGGUCUGGUGAACAUGUUGAACAACAGUGGAGCAAUUCAAACAUUGGACUUUGAUGAGGAGAAGAAUGUUGUUGAGGUUGGUGUUAGAGGAGCUGGGGAGAUGAGGGUCUUUUCCUCAGAGAGUCCUAGAGCUUGUAAGAUUGAUGGCAAAGAUGUCGAUUUUGAGUAUGAAGAGGGAAUGGUUGUAGUUCAAGUGCCAUGGCCAAGUUCAUCAAAAUCGUCCAUCGUUCAGUAUACAUAUUAAGCCAUCAUUAGGGAAUGACUAUCAUAUUUCUUUUACGGUUCUACUUUUCUUUUUCACAAAAACUAUUGUUCAUAGAGAAUGAUCAUGCUAAAGGGAGCUUCUUUUAUAUAUCCCUUUGUUUAGGUGUGUGAUGAUUUGGUUUCUAGACUUAUCCUCAAAGCAGAGGGAUUAUUUGAACUAAAUAUUAUUGUCAUUA